AUGCUUGACAGACUAGUCGGGCUAGCAAUGCUCAUUGUAGCGACUACAGUCUUUCUCUACUAUACCACAUGGACGCUUCUCAUGCCCUUCGUCGACCAAGGGCACCCCCUCCACGACUUCUUUCCGCCCCGCGUCUGGGCUAUUCGCAUACCAGUCAUUCUCAUCCUUCUCGCUUCGGCAGUUGUCGGGAGCUUUUUGAGCGUGGUCAUGAUACGGAGUAAUCGGAAGAAAACAGCGAAGGCAAGGGCGGCAGAGGCUGGGAAGAAGAAGGCUUAG